UGUGUGGAGGAAUGUUUAGCGCAUAGCGGCUCAACAUUUAUUUUAUCCGCUAGGUGGCGACAGUCUUGGACAACAAUUUUAUCUAGAAAGACUAAACGGGUGUAUUUAAACUGAAAUAGUAAUUUUUAUUCUAUUUUUAAAAAACACAAAAGUUAUCUCUUAGCAGUAAAUCCACCAAACCCACCUGAAAAUAUGCAAGCUACACGACACUGUUUGGUUUGUUCUACUAGGGGACUUUUAGACAGUCGGACAAAUUUCCUGCAACUCGCAGCCAAUAUGGCGGCGUUUAGGAGAACGCUCGCAUGUGUCAGUUUACUCAGCAGGAACACCGCCGGGGUCCCGACCAGCAGCAGAUUCACACGCCAGCGGCUUGGGAAGCUUCCUACGGUGGUGCGGAGCAACUGGAUCUCUCUGAGUGUGGGUGGCGGCCUGUGCACCAUCCCUUUCUCACAGCAAGUGGAAAACCUUUCCCAUGAUGCCCUGAUCCGUAGAGCGUCUUCCCUGGUGACGGACAGCGCAAACACCUACCUCUCCCAGACCACACUCGCUCUUGUGGAUUCACUCACACAGUAUUCCAAAGCUCUGCACACACUCAUUGCACUGCAGAAGAGAUACUUGAAUUCCAUUGGGAAGCUCACCCCUGCAGAGGAGGACUCUAUUUGGCAAGUGAUCAUUGGCCAGCGCGUGGAGGUAGGUGACAAACUGGAGGAAUGCAAGCGGUUUGAGUCGAACUGGCUGAACGCCAUCAACCUGUGCGAGCUAGCAGCUGAGGCGGCCUACAACGCAGGGGUGGAGCCUGCAUCCAUCACCACACGGAACAACCUGCAGGUGGCUCAGUCGCAGGUGGAACAGAUGCGGCAGCUGUCGUUGGAUGCGGAGAGGAAGCUGGCUGAGACCAAGGCCGAGGAGAUCCAGAGGAUGGCAGAGUACGCCUCCACCAUGGACAAAAUGGCCGAGGAAGUGCCAGAGGCCUACCUGCGGGAAGACUAACCGUGACACCUGUGGCUAACACUGUCCCGGUGGUCCCAAGGAAGACCAUAAGAGUAAAAAAAAAACGCAAAAGAGGAAAAAGGAAAACAUUAAAGUGUAACCUUAAAUUCUCUCUCAAUCUGACCGAUUAUGCAAGAUGGAUAAGCGAGCGUGAUUGUCAGCGCAUGAGGCAGUGAGGUUACAGGGCGGUGAUUAUGGCCAUAUAUGGGAGUGAGCAGAAUUUUUUAGCAUCUGCCCCAGUGGUUCUUGACACUAGACAGUCAUGUCCUGUUUCUCAGCUUGUGCUGAAUGUCCAGCAUGGACUUCUGUCAAAAUGUCCUUGUACAGUGGGAGAUGGAGUGCUCUUGAGAUUAAUAAGAAUUAAUCCGUUUGUGAAGGCCCUUUCAACUGUGUAUUUUGGUGUCUUACACUAUACAGGAAUUACUUCUUAGCUGUUACUCAACACAACAACCUGUAGUGGGAAAGUUGAUAGUCAACAUUUCUCUUUAAAGGCACAAAAUAACAUAAAGGGAGAUAAUAAUGUUUUGUGAAAUUGAUGCCAAAAUGUUUGCCCAGACAUCAAGGAUGAAUUAUGUGACUUUUAUUCACUACCAGUUCAGUGUGCAAUUUAGUGAGGUAGUUAUAAAUUGCUUCAAAUGCCAAAGGGUUCAAUGGCUUAGAUGUUGUAAACUGUCUAAACUGAGUCAGUAACAAGGAUUACCUGUCAUGGAUGCAUAUGUAAUACGCACAGUCAAAGAGGAUAUAAAAUAAGCAAGUGAUAUUUCACUUAAUUUGUUAAUGUGUAGAAGUUGAAAUACACAUUGUUAAAUGUGAAUUUGUUGUUCAAAGGUACAUGAAAUAAACAACAAAUAAAGCAUA